AUGCUAUACAGCACAGAGCAUACCGACAGCACCAAGUGUACCAACAGUACAGAGCGUACCGGGCGCGUUAUACAGCACGGAGCGUACCGGGCACGCUAUACAGCACCGAGAGUACCGUGUGAGCUAUACAGCACAGAAUGUACCGUGCGCACUAUAAAGCACCGAGCGUACAGUGCGCGCUAUACAGCACCAAGUGUACCGUGCACGCUAUACAGCACACAGCGUACCGAAAGGACAAACAGCACAGAGUGUACCGUGCACGCUAUACAGCACAGAGCUUACCGGGCGCACUAUACAGCACCGAGUGUACCGGGUCCCUAUACAGCACCGAGCGUACCGUGCACGCUAUACAGGAUUUGA